CGGUGGUUACUCCCAGGGGCUGAGCCAGGGCAGCCUGACCAGCACCACCAGCUGCUCCCAGAUGUCUGCCUGUCUUCAGCCAGUGGGAUUGGAAUGCCUUACUGCAAUUGCCCAGCUUUAAACACCCACAAAGCCUACUGUCUUGGGAUUGCAGAGGUCACCCCUUUAAGGAUCUCUUCUAAAAAAAUGCAGGCGGAUGACAUUGACCAAACUCUGCUGGAUCUCGGCAAGGAUUAUUUUUUCCUCUUCUGUGUUCGCUACUUAUGCGACUACAUCUAUAAUGUGAGCCAGGAUAGAGUGGUGUAUCAUAAAGAUGCCACGGUUGUGGCUAUUAUGGACAUCAUGGAGAGAUGGACCCAGUUUCCGAAUCCUGCCAAAAUAUUGAAAAUGGGAAUGGAGAACAUAAUCUGCCUGAGCUUCCUGAAACCUGCAUAUAUGGCAAGUAAGAAAUCGGCCAUUGUCCGUGGGAUGCUCUAUCCGAUUGCUCACACUUAUGGACUGAACGAUGCUGAAAAGGAGGACCUUAAGCAGCAGUUUUAUGGAAUGGUCAGGCGCCUGCUGACUGAGUCCCCAACCAUUGCAACUCUGUCAUGCCUCCUGGAACCGCUGACCUUUUACUUCAAUGAAGAAGAUCAGCAGGAAAGGGCGCUGGCUACCAGCACCAUCCGUGAAUUGCUGGCGUAUGCAUUAAAAUUCAACAACAUGACUGGAGAGGCAAUAAAUAGAAUUCUUACGCCGGCGGUGUCUGAGUUAUUCAAUACCAUCAACGAAGCGGACGUCCUGGUUGAACAUGUGGAUGUGUUCCCACCACUCAUUCACUUCUCAUGA